CAGGUGUGGAGAGCCCCUCGCCUGGGCAGAAGCUCAAAGCUCGGAGGAUGGGCACACUCCCCCCGCGAUGUCUCUGGGCCGCCUCCUUCGCCGGGCCUCCUCCAAAGCCUCGGACCUCCUGACCCUCAGCCCGGGCGGUGGAGGCGGGCCCCCCUCCGUCCUGGACAGGGAGAUCAUCUACUCCAAGAACAAUGUCUGCGUGCACCCUCCCGAGGGGCUGCAGGGGCUGGGGCAGCACCACCCAGGCUACCUGUGCUUGUACAUGGAGAAGGACGAGCUGCUGGGGGCCACCCUCAUCCUCGCGUGGGUCCCCAACUCUCGGAUCCAGAGGCAAGACGAGGAGGCCCUGCGUUACAUCACGCCCGAGAGCUCCCCGGUGCGGAAGGCGCCUCGCCUGCGGGGCCGGCCCGCGCCCCCGGAGCCACGGCCCGCCCUGAUGCCCAGGGAUGAGGACAUCCUGGCGGUGGCCCAGAGCCUCCGGGACGCUGUGCACGUCAGCCCUUCGCGCGAGGACGGGGAGAAGCUGGCCGGGGGCCCGGGGACGGGCGGCCCCCUCCCGGCCUCCCACUGUUUCUGGGCGGACGGUGGUGACAGUGGAGGUGGCAGUGGCAGUAAGCACCGAGAAACGAGGCGUUCUGGGGAGCAUCCCAGCUCCGCGGGCCCGGUCCGAGCAUCCGAGGGCGUCAUCGCCGGGGAGCUGCCACGAGGGGCCCGGGGGGUCGGCAGCGUGGCCCACAGCCUGCCGAGGGCCGUGGCCGUGUGA